UCGUCUAAACACGUUGCGCAAGCCAUUUAUAGUUUCCUUUUGUUUUCAGUCUGUGUUGUCUAUGCACGUUCCGACCAGAUGCCACGCAUACAGUACAUAGGUCGGCCAUCUCUUCACCACUAUGGCAAACUUCUGUCUGAAAUUGUGCGGAAUUUGAAAACAAGAGGUGUGGGUCGAAUAGUGGUGAAGGAAACUGAAGCAUCCCGAUACCCGGAACCGUGCUUCUAUGUACUAGAGCGCACUAUACCACUUUUGUCAGAUUCGUCCAAUGUCAGAUGUCGAGCUUGGGGCCGUCGUAUAUUCCGUGGGCAUGAUUUCGGGGUAGUUCUCAUGACGAAUACGUAUGAACCGGACUGGCGUUUGGUCCCCACCUGUGAAGCUACAGCCCUACUGGAUCGAGCAGCCGAUCCCAAGAAUGCGGCACCGAAGCUAACUUCAAAGUGUGUGGCUCCAAUGCCUCCCUUAUUGACCCUCCAUUUGCGUCGGCACUCCAGGUUCCCAGAUAACAUCAUCAGAGCUGUCUCAGAAUCGGUUGAUCCGACACUUCCGCAAGCAACACGUGAGGCGUCCGGGUUCUUGCUGCUCACCAAGUUACCAGAUGAACCUACAUCACUGGAGAUCCCCACGGAACCCACCGUUCAAGAGCAGCGACGAAUCUACCCACCCUACCAAGUGGCUUCAGAAGGUGGCCUCAUUCGUAAACGGGAACUGGAUCGCCCGUUCUACUACAUUCGCCGCGCUGAUACUCCUGGACUCCUCUGGAAAGUCGUGACAAACAAGGAUUCUGACGAUCCCAAGUCCAAAAACGAACAGUCGAAUACUGUCGCAUGAUCUUAGACUAUACGGUAUCUGUACAGUCAUUCACUGUUUUAACUUUGCUUUAGUUUGAACAC